AUGAAGACGCCUUCAUCGGCAGCUACUACCAUCGACAGGAGCGGCAGCAACAUCAACAAGUCGUACAUGCAGCGCUACUACGAGGAGUACAAAGAGGAGAUCAAGGCCUACAACACAGAGAGGAUACCGUGCGCUGUCUGCGGCAAGUUGAUCUCGCGACACUUGAUGAGGAAGCAAGAGAGGAGGAUGCAUUGA